UCCUCUCCCAUUCAUGCUGAGCGCUGCUCUCCUGUGCGCACGGAACUGCAGAGCUGAGCUUUUGGAACCAGUGCUGCUGCUGCUGCUGUCUGACGAACCCGUCGGGAAUGGAAAUGUCUUCUGCUGCAACUCUGAUAUCCUAAAAAAAACAAACAUGCAGAGCAGGACGGAGGCGAUGGGCUGUUUGAUAAGGCUGGCGGUGGACGAGGCUGAGGGUCAGGGGACGAGGUUAUAAAAAAACAACAGCGGAGAAAGGAGGAGGAAAAGACAAAAAAAGGGAAGUUGAUUGUUUGGAAACUCUUCUUUUGUAUCAUCGUACCCUGCAGUCCUGUAAGGCGCCGACUGACCCUGAAGAGGAUUACACACUGAAAAAUACACUCCCAACACCUACCCGCUCACACCUCCCCUUUCCCCUCACCAUCAUGUCCUCCCACCUCCCACCUUUUCUCAUCCUCCCCGUCCUCUUGCUUCUCCUCUCCCCUUCCAUGCCCUCAAAAACCGUCCCUUCCUUCUCCUCCCUCCUCUCGUUCUCCCCGCCAGAAGGUGGUCUCACGCAUUUAGUCGUCAAUAACAAAACGGGCGAGGUCUACCUGGGCGCCGUCAACUGGAUCUACAAGCUGUCCAGCAACCUGACCAAGCUCAGAAGCCAUGUCACCGGCCCAGUCACGGACAACCCUCGCUGCUACCCUCCCCCUGGUGUCCAGUCCUGCCCCCAUGAGCUGGUGCUGACCUCUAAUGUUAAUAAACUCCUGCUACUUGACGCUGCCCACAACCGCUUAAUCGCCUGUGGGAGCACUUCCCAGGGAAUAUGCCAGUUCCUGCGUCUGGAUGAUUUGUUCAAGCUUGGCGAGCCCCACCACCGCAAAGAGCACUAUCUAUCCAGUGUUGCUGAGGCAGGCACCAUGUCUGGAGUGGUCAUCUCCCCGGAUCUCUUCGGGGGAGGUGGCAAACUUUUUGUCGGCACUCCCAUCGACGGGAAAUCCGAGUACUUCCCAACGCUGUCGAGCCGGAAGUUAAUGUCCAACGAGGAGAACGCUGACAUGUUCAGCUUCGUCUAUCAGGAUGAGUUUGUGUCCUCGCAGCUGAAGAUUCCCUCGGACACACUCUCCAAGUUCCCCGCCUUCGACAUCUUCUACAUUUAUGGCUUCAACAGCGAGCAGUUUGUGUAUUAUCUCACCUUACAGCUGGAUACUCAGCUGACCUCACCAGAUGCGAGCAGCGAGCAAUUCUUCACCUCCAAAAUUGUCCGCCUGUGUGUGGACGAUCCCAAGUUCUAUUCCUAUGUCGAGUUCCCCAUCGGCUGCACCAAGGAUGGAGUGGAGUACCGCUUGGUUCAGGAUGCUUAUUUGGCCAAGCCCGGGAUUCGGCUGGCUCGUUCGCUCGGUAUUCAGGAGCACGAGGAGGUUCUCUUUACUGUAUUCGCUCAGGGUCAGAAGAACAGAGCUAAGCCGCCCAAGGAGUCGGCUUUGUGUCUGUUCACAAUGAGGAGGAUAAAAGAGAAGAUUAAAGAGAGGAUUCAGUCGUGCUACAGAGGAGAGGGGAAACUCUCCCUGCCCUGGCUGCUCAACAAGGAGCUGGCCUGCAUCAACUCGCCUCUGCAGAUAGACGAUAACUUCUGCGGCCAGGACUUCAACCAGCCUCUAGGGGGCACCACGGCCAUCGAGGGAAUCCCGCUUUACGUCGACAAGGAUGACGGCAUGACCUCCGUGGCAGCCUACGACUACAGGGGACACACUGUGGCGUUCACUGGCACCCGUGAUGGUCGCAUGAAGAAGAUCCUGGUGAACUCUGUCAUCCAGCCCGCCCUGCUGUACGAGAACGUGGUGGUGAGCGACGGGAGUCCCAUCCUCAGAGAUAUGCUCUUCAGCCCCGACCAUCAGUACCUCUACGCUCUCACAGAUAAACAGGUGACCCGUGUACCAGUGGAGAGCUGUGAGCAGUACAUGUCCUGUGGAGCCUGCCUGGGCGCCAGUGACCCUCACUGUGGCUGGUGUGUGCUGCAUAAUGUAUGUUCGAGGAAAGACCACUGUGAGCGAGCAGAGGAGCCUCAGAGAUUCACCACCCGAGUGGAGCAGUGCGUCCGGCUGUCCGUCCAACCCACCACCGUCUCUGUCACCAUGUCAGAAGUGCAGUUGGUGCUUCAGACGCAGAAUGUGCCCAGCCUGUCUGCGGGGGUGAACUGCUCCUUUGAGGACUACGUGGAGACGGAGGGACGGAUCUACGGUGGGCGGAUCUUCUGCCUGUCUCCAUCUACAAAGGAUGUCGCUCCAAUAACAAAGGACCAGGGGGACCAGCGUGUGAUAAAGUUGUAUCUGAAGUCAAAGGAGACGGGCAAGAAGUUUGCCAGCGUGGACUUGGUCUUCUACAACUGCAGCGUCCACCAAUCGUGCCUUUCCUGUGUAAAUGGAAACUUCCCCUGUCACUGGUGCAAAUAUCGCCACAUGUGCACCCAGGAUGCCAGCGACUGCUCCUUCCAGGAGGGACGAGUCAACACGUCAGAGGAGUGUCCUCAGAUCCUGCCCUCCACCCAGAUCUACAUCCCCGCUGGCGUCAUGAGACCGAUCACCCUGCUGGCCCAGAAUCUGCCGCAGCCUCAGUCCGGCCAGAGGAACUACGAGUGCAUCUUCCACAUCCAGGGCAACACGCACAGCGUCCCGGCUCUGAGGUUCAACAGCACCAGCAUACAGUGUCAGAAGACCACGUACGACUACGAGGGCGGUGACAUCAGCGACCUGCCAGUCGACCUCUCCGUGGUGUGGAAUGGAAACUUCGUCAUAGACAACCCGUUUGACAUUCAAGCCCACCUGUACAAGUGCAGAGCGCUGCGGGACAGCUGCGGUAUGUGCCUGAAGGCGGACCCCAGGUUCGAAUGUGGUUGGUGUGUCCAGGACAGGAAGUGCUCCCUCAGGCAGGAGUGUACAGGCGGAGGAAACUCCCACCUCCCUCUGCAGCUGGCUGAAGGUGGAGGGUGGAUGCACGCCACCUCUGGAAACAGCCGCUGCACCCACCCAAAGAUCACCAAGUUGUUCCCUGAGACGGGACCCCGCCAAGGUGGAACCAGGGUGACCAUCCUGGGGGAAAACCUCGGGCUGCAGUUCAGAGACAUCCAGAUGGGUGUCAGGCUGGGCAAGGUGCCCUGUGUGCCCAUCGAGGAGGAGUAUGUGAGCGCAGAGAGAAUAGUGUGCCUGCUGAACGACGCCACCAGCUACCGUGUCCAAGAAGCUCAGGUGGAGGUGUGUGUGAGGGACUGCGUCAACGACUACCGAGCCCUGUCGCCAAGGCCGUUCACCUUUGUGACUCCAUUCUUUACCCGUAUCGUGCCAUCUCAGGGCCCAAUUUCUGGCGGCACGAGAGUCACCAUAGAGGGAAGCUACCUCAACGCAGGCAGCUACGUGUCUGUCAGCAUAGGGCCGCAGCCGUGCUACUUUAAAAAGAGAAAUGCCGGUGAGAUAGUGUGCGUUACACCAGCUGGACUCGCUCCGGGAAGUUCAUCGGUGUUGGUGGACAUCGAUGAUGCUGAGCUCAGAAACCCAGAAGUGAAGUUUAACUACACCGAGGACCCCACUGUCCUGAGGAUUGAGCCUGACUGGAGCAUUGCAAGCGGUGGAACUCUGCUGACAGUGAGCGGGACCAACCUUGCGACCAUCCGAGAGCCAAAGAUCAGGGCCAAGUACGGACAGGCUGAAUCCUUUCAUAACUGUACAGUCUAUAACAACUCCGUCAUGGUGUGCCUGGCUCCAUCGGUGGCAGAUUCGGAGCUCGGUUUCGCCGAGACCGGCACGGGCCCGGAUGAGAUCGGCUUCUACAUGGACAACGUGAACGCUCUGGUGGUGGUCAACGAGACCUUCAGCUACUACCCCGACCCUGUGUUUGAGCCGCUGAGUCCAUCAGGGAUACUGGAGCUCAAACCAACAUCGCCGCUCAUUCUCAAGGGUCGUAACCUGAUCCCAGCGGCUCCAGGUAACAGUCGCCUCAACUACACGGUGCUGAUUGGAGAGACUCCCUGCGUCCUCACCCUGUCGGAGAGCCAGCUGCUGUGUGAAUGGCCCAACCUCACCGGACAGCACAAAGUCACGAUCCGAGCUGGUGGGUUCGAGUACUCCCCCGGCACUCUUCACAUCUACUCAGACAGCCUGCUGACGCUUCCCGCCAUUAUUGGCAUUGGAGGGGGUGGAGGCCUGCUUCUGUUGGUCAUCAUCGCUGUGCUGAUUGCCUAUAAGAGGAAGUCCAGGGACGCCGAUCGUACCUUAAAACGUCUGCAGCUCCAGAUGGACAACCUGGAGUCCAGAGUGGCUCUUGAAUGUAAAGAAGCUUUUGCCGAGCUUCAGACGGACAUCCAUGAGCUGACUCAGGAGCUGGAUGGGGCUGGGAUUCCCUUCCUGGACUACCGGACGUACGCGAUGAGGGUCCUGUUCCCGGGCAUCGAGGACCACCCUGUGCUCAAGGAGAUGGAGGUACGGGUCCAGGCAAACGUCGAGAAAGCGCUGACGCUGUUCGGCCAGCUUCUGACAAAGAAACACUUCCUGCUGACGUUCAUACGAACCCUGGAGGCUCAAAGGUCGUUCUCCAUGCGGGACCGAGGCAAUGUGGCCUCUCUGAUCAUGACAGCGCUGCAGGGGGAGAUGGAGUACGCCACCGGAGUCCUGAAGCAGCUGCUGUCCGACCUGAUCGACAGAAACCUGGAGAGCAAAAACCAUCCCAAGCUGCUGCUCAGGAGGACGGAGUCUGUCGCCGAGAAGAUGCUGACGAACUGGUUUACAUUCCUCUUGUACAAGUUCCUCAAGGAGUGUGCCGGCGAGCCUCUGUUCAUGCUUUACUGUGCCAUGAAGCAGCAGAUGGAGAAGGGACCCAUAGACGCCAUCACAGGAGAAGCCCGCUACUCCCUCAGCGAGGACAAGCUCAUCAGGCAGCAGAUUGACUACAAAACCCUGACGCUGCACUGUGUAAACCCUGAGAAUGAGAGCGCCCCGGAGGUGACGGUCAAGUGUCUGAACUGUGACACCAUCACUCAGGUCAAAGAGAAGCUGCUGGACGCCGUGUACAAGGGCAGCCCGUACUCCCAGAGGCCCAAAGCUUCAGAUAUGGACCUGGAAUGGCGACAAGGCCGGAUGGCGAGAAUCAUCCUGCAAGAUGAAGACGUCACGACCAAGAUCGACAAUGACUGGAAGAGACUCAACACCCUGGCUCACUAUCAGGUAACAGAUGGCUCGGUGAUCGCCCUGGUGCCAAAGCAGAACUCUGCCUAUAACAUCUCCAACUCCUCCACCUUCACCAAGAGCCUCAGCAGAUACGAGAGUAUGCUGAGGACAGCCAGCAGUCCAGACAGCCUACGAUCCCGGACACCAAUGAUCACGCCCGACCUGGAGAGUGGAACCAAACUGUGGCAUCUGGUGAAGAACCACGACCACUCGGACGUGAGGGAGGGCGACCGAGGCAGCAAGAUGGUCUCAGAGAUCUACCUGACCAGGCUGCUGGCUACAAAAGGUACGUUACAGAAGUUUGUGGACGACCUGUUCGAGACCAUCUUCAGCACCGCUCACAGAGGCAGCGCUCUGCCGCUGGCCAUCAAGUACAUGUUCGACUUCCUGGACGAGCAGGCCGACAAACACUCCAUCAAUGACUACGACGUACGACACACCUGGAAGAGCAACUGUCUUCCUCUGCGGUUCUGGGUGAACGUCAUCAAGAACCCUCAGUUUGUGUUUGACAUCCACAAGAACAGCAUCACAGAUGCCUGCCUGUCGGUGGUGGCUCAGACCUUCAUGGACUCCUGUUCAACGUCAGAACACAAACUGGGGAAAGACUCGCCUUCAAAUAAGCUCCUCUACGCGAAAGACAUCCCCAACUACAAGAACUGGGUAGAGAGGUAUUACUCGGAUAUCUCCCGCAUGCCCGCCAUCAGCGAUCAGGACAUGAGUGCCUACCUAGCGGAGCAGUCCCGCCUGCACCUCAGCCAGUUCAACAGCAUGUCUGCACUGCACGAGAUCUACUCCUACAUCACCAAAUACAAAGACGAGAUCCUCUCGGCGUUACAAAAGGACGAGCAGUCGCGCAGACAGCGGCUACGCGGCAAGCUGGAGCAGGUCAUCGACACCAUGGCGCUGGCUAGCUGAGGACCGGCCCCCUUAAUCGUCAGCCCUCGGCUAGGGGGAGAACUGGCCCGAACCGACACGCCUUUUUUUCCUGACAACCUUUGACUUUUUUGACGUUUGAAGUCUGUCGUCAACCUCGGAAAAACGACAGCAAACAGCAGUGGGAAAAAGAGACUGCGAGGACACAAGCAGCCUGCGGCGGCGGCGGUGGCAGCACACUGAGAGAGACAGAGACGGCAGAGUUUGGCCUCACAGGCAGGGUUGGCUUUUUUUUCUUCUUCUUCUUCUUCUACUUCUUCUUCUUCUCUCUGAGCCUCCAGCCCAGGGCCGAACAACCAAAUCAAGACGAUAUGGUCCUCAGCUCAGGGGAGCGUUUAUUUUCAUCAAGGCCCUUCAUCACAUCCGGAGUCCUAGGGGAGCAGCAGUUUAGUAUUUUGGCCACAAUCAGGACCUGUACGUGCUCAGCGGUGACCUAAAACUCCUCUAGCUCGGAUACAGAGCUGAAAUGCUACAGGACGGGAACAAGCGAGUACCUUUCCACAGCCAAGGCUAUGGAUCAAACUGUGAGCCAAUUAAAACCCAGGAUACAAUAUUGUGCUAUCUGUAGGGACAGCUACAGCCAUGGAUCCGUGGUGUUUCUCUCAGACUCUUCAGCGGGCUCGGGCGCUGCCACAGCAGGGCAACCAGGAGGACAAAAAAACACUCUGCAGGGAACCUCUUCCUCUUGAACAGAUCCUCUAUUACAAAGAAAUCCACUACAGUCUAACAAAGGACACUUUCAGUUUCACAGCGCUACAUUUGAUUUGUAAUCACAUUAUACUCCGUUUCCUUCCCCCUUUCUCAGACUGCCUCCUCUCCCCGGUGCUGUGCCACUCGUGUUACUGCUGAAUUUGCACAACAAAAGCUAAAUCAAAAGAGAGAAGAGGAUAUAUGAGUAUAUAUAUAUAUAUAUAUAGAUAUAUAAAUACAGACUUUUGUUUAAGAACAAAUGAAAACAAAUGUUUGUUUCUUUUCCAGUUUAAUGUACAAAGAUAAGAUUUGAAGAAGAGGAUUUGAUAUUUCUGAGAUGAAAAAUUAUGAAAACCCCGAGGAAAAAGUCGUCCUGUGCCAUGUUUUACUUUGAAUGUUGUUUUAGUGCAAAGAGACUUCUUUUUCGUUACAUGAAAAUGUGCUAUGAUGAAAAUGUUGUCAUGCUUAGUGACUGAAAGUGAGAGUUUAAAAAAAAAAAAAAAAAAAAAAUUGUUAAAAUAUAAA